AUGGAGAAGGAGGAGAAUUACAAAACGUCGGAGAAGUACGAAAUAUGUACGAGUUUCGAAAACAUCGGAAUUGACGAAGGGUUGCUGAGGGGGAUCUACGCGUACGGAUUUGAGAAGCCGUCAGCUAUCCAGCAAAGGGGUAUCAAACCAAUAUUAAGUGGCAGAGAUGUCAUCCUGCAGAGCCAAAGUGGGACAGGAAAAACGUGCGUGUUUGCAGUAGGUGCUCUAAAUUGCGUAAACCGCAAUUUGAGCGAAACGCAGGUGAUUAUCUUAUCUCCGACGAGAGAGCUAGCAGAGCAGACGCAAAAGGUGUGUCUAGCGCUAGCUGAUUAUAUACACGUAACUGUAUACUGUUGUAUAGGAGGAAAAAAAAUGAGUGAUGAUAUAAAGGCAUUGAACAACGGAGUACAUAUCAUUAGUGGAACUCCCGGAAGAAUAUAUCAUAUGCUAAACUUGAGACACUUAAAGUGUAAGUAUAUAAAACAGUUAGUCAUUGACGAAGCAGAUGAAAUGCUCAACAAGGGAUUCAAAGAACAGAUCGUACUCUCUUCAGCUACACUACCACAAGAGGUGUUAGAAAUAACGAAUAAAUUCAUGCACAGACCGGUGAAGAUAUUAGUAAAAAGGGAUGAACUAACUUUGGAAGGAAUUAAGCAAUUUUUUGUGUCCAUAGAGAAGGAGCAAUGGAAAUAUGAAACGCUUGCUGACUUGUACGAGAGCUUAACUAUCACCCAAGCUGUUGUUUUUUGUAAUACGAAGAUGAAGGUUGAUUGGUUGACGAAGAAAAUGCAAGAGGCGAACUUUACCGUUUGUAAAAUGCAUGCUGGAAUGAGUCAGAGUGAGCGAGAUGAUAUUAUGUUAAAAUUUCGGCAGUGUAAAUUCCGUGUACUUAUAUCGACUGACAUUUGGGGUAGGGGACUGGAUGUGCAGGAAGUGUCUCUUGUUGUUAACUAUGACUUACCCAACUCUAGGGAGAGCUACAUUCACCGCAUCGGGAGGAGUGGUCGAUUUGGCAGGAAGGGUGUUGCAAUCAACUUUGUCAAAAAUGAUGACAUAAAAAUUCUUAGGGAUAUCGAGCAGUACUACUCCACGCAGAUUGACGAGAUGCCAAUGAACAUCACGGAGCUGCUCUAG